GAAAAAUCGGAAGAUCUGAGAGAAUUGCUGUAUGAUUCUCGGGGAAAGGAGAGGAUUUCUGCAUCUUCUGUACGAGAGAUUGGAGAAUUCGAGGAGAAGAAGGGAUUUCAGAGAAAGGUUCUUGGAUUUUGGAAGACGUGAGAGAGAUGUAGUCGGCAGUUGGGUGAAAUUGGGGGAUUUUGGCCUGUUCGAGAGAAUUAUAAGUGGAAAUUUGAGGGAAUUAGAGGGUUUUGAAGGAAAUCAAGCUCUCUUGUUGAGGGUGAUUCGAGGAUUUCUUCAGAUUUCAGGGAAUUGAGCGGGAAUUCAAAGAAAUUAGGGAUUCUGAGUAAAAAAUGAGAUGAUGUUGGGAGAUAGAAUGGGAAUUUUAGUCAAAUUGGCAGAUUUUGGAAUAUUCCAUAGUAUUCCUAGAAUUAGUUAGUGACAAUCGAGGAUCGAUGGAGGUUUGGUAGUAAUACUGAAGAAUUUCACGAAGAGAGGAGGAUUAGAUAUUCUGAUUGAAGGAAAGCAGGAGGUUUCUGAGAACUCUUUCAAGAAAAGAUUGUAAUUUGACGAUUUGAGUAAGGGGGAAGAGAUCAGAGCUUAAAUUCCGAAAGAUUUAAGAGAAACAAUGGUGGGAAAACAGAGAAUGGCUGCCAAUAUUUAAGAUAUUCACGGGAAUCAUGCAUCAUAGGCAAGAAUAAGGAGAGAAAUUUAUAAAUAGAAAGAAUAUUUGAGUUUCUGAAAGAAAAGCAAUUUCAAUAUAAGAGAGUAUAGAAGGAAAAGAGAGGAUAAUUCCUGAAGAUUGGAUUAGAUUACUGAAGAAAUCUCGACUAUUUUUCACUCUUCAUCUUUUGUAAGGAUUUAUAUUAUCGGUGGAUCCUCCAAGUGGUAUUAGGAACAGAGGGAAGCAUUACUACUCUAUGUGGAAAACCCUUUUUGAGAUUGAUACGAAAUAUGUGCCGAUCAAGGCCAUAGGAAGAGGAUCCUAUGGCAUUGUGUGCUCAUCUGUAAAUAGAGAAACGAAUGAGAGAGUUGCAAUUAAGAAGAUACAAAAUGCUUUUCAGAAUCAUGUCGACGCGCUCAGAACUCUACGGGAACUGAAACUCCUUCGUCAUCUUCGGCAUGAAAAUAUUGUUGCUUUGAAAGAUAUCAUGAUGCCAGUCCAUAGGAGAAGUUUCAAGGAUGUGUAUCUGGUUUACGAACUCAUGGACACGGAUUUGCAUCAGAUUAUCAAGUCAUCUCAGAAGCUCUCCAAUGAUCACUGCGAAUGUUUCCUUUAUCAGUUGCUCCGAGGCCUAAAGUAUCUUCACUCUGCAAACAUCCUCCACCGAGAUCUCAAGCCCGGGAACCUCCUCAUCAACUCUAAUUGCCAGCUCAAGAUCUGUGACUUUGGCCUCGCCCGCACUGGCAGUGACAAGGGUCAGUUCAUGACUGAGUACGUCGUGACCCGCUGGUACCGGCCCCCAGAGCUCCUCCUCUGCUGCGAUAACUAUGAUACCUCCAUUGAUGUCUGGUCUGUCGGUUGCAUCUUCGCUGAGCUACUUGGGCGCAAGCCCAUCUUCCCAGGCACUGAGUGCCUCAACCAGCUCAAGCUGAUCAUUGACGUCCUCGGCAGCAUGGCCGACACCGACCUUGAUUUCUUUGACAACCCCAAGGCCCUCAAGUACAUCAAGUCCCUCCCGUGGUCCCCUGGGAUCCCGCUUGCCAGUCUCUACCCUAAUGCCACCCCUAACGCCAUCGACCUCCUGCAGAAGAUGCUUGUGUUCAACCCGUUAAAGAGGAUCAGCGUUGCUGAGGCCCUCCAGCACCCUUACUUAUCACACCUUAACACCCCAGAGCCGGACCCUGUUGCAGAGCUGCCGUCCGAUGAUGAUCUUGAUGCUGCUGAGUAUUUAAGGGAGGAUAAGAUCAGGGAGUUGAUGUGGAAUGAGAUGCUUCACUACCACCCGGAAGCUGCCGUCGCCAACUCAUAAACUCGGCCGAGUUUAGAGCCUGUUUGGACACACUUCGGUAAAAGAGGGUUUCUGCAAAGGGGGUUUUCAGGCUGCUUUUUUGGCUGUUGAGUUGGCCUUUUAGCACCUAUUUUGCCAAGCGGGGAAUGAGACGGGGUUUGCAAGAUAACAUGCAAACACACAACGAGAACAGGGUUUGGCUCAACAUGCCAUUUAGGCACCAAACACCCUUUUCGAGACUGCAUCUGAAUUGGGGCCCUUAGGGGUUAUUUACUUGUUUCAAUAACAAAAUGCAUGAAUUAGAUAUUUGCCUCUUAAUGCAUGGAAAUCCACUGUUUGCUGUGGUUUGUUUCAUGAGUUUGAGCUCUGCAUAUUGUGUGGUCUGGUAUCUAAGUUGUAUACAUACAUGUGAUGUGUGCGUUGUGGGAGGCUUGUUAUGUCAUUUGUGCAUUUUUGGUGCAUGUAUUGUUGUAUCAUCUCUAUGCUCAGACAUCUAUUUUUGAA